AUGCCUCACAAGAGACUUACACAACGGGCAUCUCAAACAAAGACCGGACCUAAGAAAAUAAUUUCUUUCUUCCCACAUUCGGACGCCAUUUUUCGCGCCAAAGUAAAGAAACUGGACGGACGUAAUAAUAUCUUCAUCACUUUCUUCAUUUCGUUUGUGGAGUUCACUUGGACAACUUUCAUCUGCUGCGUUUUUGGGAGUGUGUUUUCCAGUUCUGUCUGCAGUCUUCACGUCGAGGAUUUUGUUCCUUCGUGGUGUCUAUUUUGUCAAAUUUGGGGACAAGAAACAUGGUCAUCGGAGGUCACAGAGUUCAGGCUCAUCCUUGAGUUCUUCCAAACUCCAUCCCUCAUCCACGAGUUCUGCCCCCUCAUCCACGAGUUCUGCCCCCUCAUCCACGAGUUCUGCAACCUCAUCCAUGAGUUCUGCCCCCUCAUCCACGAGUUCUGCCCCCUCAUCCACGAGUUCUGUUCAUCGAAGAUCUUCGUCUCCUCCAUGUUGUCUGACCUACUGUCUGUCUUUUUCCAACCAGAAGAGUCGAAGAAAAGGAUGAGAGAUCCGAAGAUGAAGAAGUUGUUCACCUCUCUCUUCGGAGACGACAGCGAGCCUGAUGAUGACCAGGAUGAGACAACUCUCACUCCAGUAACACCUGGGAGUAAUGAAAAGUCAUAUGACCCCAUCGUGUCCACUCAUCUCAAAGACAACAAACUCGAUACUUCUGAGGUUCAGGUCAAAUUUGGGGACAAGAAACAUGGUCAUCGGAGGUCACAGAGUUCAGGCUCAUCCUUGAGUUCUUCCAAACUCCAUCCCUCAUCCACGAGUUCUGCCCCCUCAUCCACGAGUUCUGCCCCCUCAUCCACGAGUUCUGCAACCUCAUCCAUGAGUUCUGCCCCCUCAUCCACGAGUUCUGCCCCCUCAUCCACGAGUUCUGCAACCUCAUCCAUGAGUUCUGCCCCCUCAUCCACGAGUUCUGCCCCCUCAUCCACGAGUUCUGCCCCCUCAUCCACGAGUUCUGUUCAUCGAAGGUCACAGAGUUCAAGUAGCCAUAGACUAAACCUGUCAACGACGUCAUCAGCCAAAACUUGUUCCCCAGAGGGUCACCAUCGUAAUUCCAAUGAGAACAAAUCCAGCAGCUAUUUUUCUCAGAAAGCAAAACACCAGCGGAGCUCAUCCUUGAGUUCUUCCAAGCCUCACCCCUCAUCCAGGAAUUCUGACACAUCAUCCUUGAGUUGUGCCCCCUCAUCCUCGAGUUCUGCCACGUCAUCCUUGAGUUCUGCCCUCUCAUCCACGAGUUCUGCCCCCUCAUCCACGAGUUGUGCCCCCUCAUCCACGAGUUGUGCCCUCUCAUCCGCUAGUUGUGUCCCCUCAUCCACGAGUUGUGCCCCCUCAUCCACGAGUUGUGCCCCUUCAUCCACGAGUUGUGCCCCAUCAUCCACGAGUUGUGCCCCCUCAUCCACGAGUUGUGCCCCUUCAUCCUCGAGCUCUUCCAAGCCCCGCCCUUCAUCCCCUUCGUCCAAGUCCGCGAAAAUGUCAGCGGGAAAGAAGUCAGAUUGGUUGGAUGGUCAACACAAAAUAUCCACGAGCAAGUCACGUGAGCAUCGUAGGUCACAAAGUUCAAGUAGUCAUAGACCAAACAUGUCGGUGACGUCUUCAGGCAAAACCUGUUCCCAUGAUGUUCGUCAUCGUGACUUCAUAGAGAACAAAUCAAACGGCGACUCCUUGCUGCAAGAAAAACACCAGCAGAGCUCAUCUUCGAGUUUUUCUAAGCCCCGCCCCUCAGCCUCAAGUUCUUCCAAACCCCGCCCUUCAUCCUCGAAUUCUCCCAAGCUCCAUCCCUCAGCUUCCUCGUCAAAGUCAGAGACAAUGUCAACGGGAAAGAGGACAGAUUCAUUAGAAGGUCAGAACACACUGUCCACGAGCAAGUCCCGUGAGCAUCGUAGGUCACAAAGUUCAAGUAGCCAUAGACCAAACAUGUCGGUGACGUCAUCAGACAAAACCUGUUCCCCGGAUGUUCAUCAUCGUGAUUUCAAAGAGAACAAAUCAAACAGUGACUCCUCCCUGCGACACCAACGGAGCUCAUCCUCGAGUUCUUCUAAGCCCCGCACCUCAUCCUCGAGUUCUACUCCCUCGUCCUCGAGUUCUGCCCCCUCGUCCUCGAGUUCUCCUCCCUCGUCCUCGAGUUCUGCCCCCUCAACCUCGAGUUCUCCUCCCUCAUCCUCGAGUUCUGCCCCCUCAUCCUCGAGUUCUGCCCCUUCAUCCACGAGUUGUGCCACUUCAUCCCCGGGCUCUUCCAAGCCCCGCCCCUCAUCCUCUUCGUCCAAGUCCGCGAAAAUGUCAGCGGGAAAGAAGUCCGAUUUAUUGGAUGGUCAAGACAAACUGUCCUCGAGAAAGUCACGUGAGCAUCGUAGGUCACAAAGUUCAAGUAGCCAUAGACCAAACCUGUCUGUGACGUCAUCAGACAAAACCUGUUCCCAAGAGGUUCUUCAUCGUGAUUCCAACGAGAACAAAUCAAACAGUGACUCCUCGGUGCAAGAAAAACUCCAGCAGAGUUCAUCCUCGAGUUCUUCCAAGCCCCAUCCCUCACCUUCUUCAUCAAAGUCUGAGACAAUUUCAGCGGGAAAGAGGGCAGAUUCAAAGUCCCGUGAGCAGAAUACGUCCUCGGGACUGCCUGUGUCGCUCACCACCAGGAAAGUCCCGGAUCAGGCGACCGGGGAACAGAAGGCGAAAAACAAACCUAGAAUCGUUCAGAAGCCCGUGAAAGAAAAAGAUGUGGAGAAACAGAAGAAAGCGGAGACGAGCUUAAAGAAGAUAGACCUGAAGAAAUUGUUCCACUCUCUGUUUGAGGAUGCCAGCGAGCCUGAUGAAGACAGCGAGAAGAAUAAAACGCUCACUCCGGAAACGUCUACAAAAAACGGUCAAACUAGUGAGCCUCACGCGUCCAGCUAUCUCAAAGACAAGAAAUCCAUGAGCAGCAGAUCUGACGACUGUCAGAAAAAACAUGGCUACAACAAAUCAGGUCACAUUAGCUCAUCGUCUACUGGACACCGCAAACUACAACAUUCCUCUGUAGACAAAGACAGAGUGUCGGAGACUCCGAGCAAUUCUAGCUCCAGCAAAUCCAACAGCGACUGUUCUGAGACGAACAAACCUCAACCACGUUCACGAUCCCUCUCUUCCAGACCUCACUCCUCUUCCUCGUCACCAAAACCUCAGACAUCUUCGUCGAAAUCGGGAACUGUUGAAAUCAACGUUCGUGACAAAGUACCAUCAUCAGAAUCUGUGACAUCUUCGUCGAAACCAAAAACAGUCGGAAUCAACGAUCAGGACAAACUGUCAUCAAAACCUGUGACUUCUUCGUCGAAACAGACAACAGCUGAAAUCAACAGCCAGGACAAAAUAUCCCCGGAGAAAUCUCAGAAAAGAAAUCCAUCCCGCGAGGGAGCUGUGGAGCUUUCCAAACAUUACUUUAAACCUCUGGUGGAGAGACAGACCGCCCAAACCGCUCCGUCGCAGAUAUCGGAGAGAGAGAAGGUCCUCGCCCGUCUGCAGGCCAUUAAAGAGCGGACUCUUGCGGCCAUCCAAAAAGAGAACGUUCCGAGAGGUAAUCGAGGUAAAAAGGAGAAAAUGUCUCCCAGAGAUGGCUCCGGCAAACAGGAUGAGAAAGUCGUAAAGUCUGCUGAAAUUGUGCGUGGCGUCAUUUCCUCUGAUGAAGACGAAUCUGUGGACAAUAACGUGCCGUCUGCCUUGGACAUCAUGCUGUCUGAGAGAGAAGCUAAACUAGAGAAGGAGAAGAUUGCCCGGUUGGCAAAGCAAGCCUGGGAAAGGGCUCAGAAGAAAGAUUAUUCGAAAACGGAAAACAAAAACAGUCGGAAAAGGAAGUCGGUUCACAAAACCGACACUGGCAGUAGCAGUAAGCAUUUCAAGCUUUCUCCCAGUCAGACGUCUGGGAACCAGGAGAAGACAAAAGAACGCCGUCCGUCACCCUUAUCCGACAUGGAAACGAACCUCGUGCCAAGUAAGGCAAAGAAACCUAUCGUCAAACACUGCACAAGUGCUGCUCCUCCGCCCAUGGGCUUUCAGGCGCUUCUUGCAGUGGCUGAACAAAAUCAGAAAGAACCAACAAAACCGACCCCAUCUAUCUCAAAUAAGAAUAACAAAAAGGAGGAGAAAAGGCCAAUGACCCAGAAAGAGAAGGAGAGGAAGGAAAGACUUAAGUCCAAAGAGUAUCAGGAGUGGUUGAAAAAUGGUGGGAAAGCCCCAUGUCAGAAAAAAAUUUCCGUUGACGAAGCUUCUCCUCCGUCUUCGUCCCAAACACGAGCUCCGCCUUCGUCCAGUUCUUCACGAGACAAGUUUAAGCCAACACCAGUCAGCAAGCCUACGCCUUGCAUGGGUGUUAAAAUGUCACUGAACAACCACACGUCUUCUGUGAAUGCUAAACCGUCCUUGAACAAACCCACGUCUUUUACGACCGCUAAAGCGUCAUUGAAAUCCCCCACGUCCUCAUGUGUGAGUUCUGACACGUCAUUGAAAAAGUCUACAUCUUCUUCGUCCUCUAAACCGUCACUGAGCAAAUCCACGUCCUCUUUGAGCGCUAAAUCGUCACUGAGCAAGCAGCACAGAGGAGAGCCCCAGCGACCACCCAGCAACAACCACGUGACCAACAGAGGAAAAGCCAGCAGCGUCCCUCACAUGAACGAGACCCUCCUUGUGUGUGGGCCGGGCAGUGACAGCGAGGAGGAAGAACCAUCAGCUCUACACAGUUUUAACAAUCCUUUCGACAGGAUCGUUAGUCAGGUGCACAAACACAAGAGGUCACACCCACGCACACAGUCGGGCCAAACUCUUAAGAAGAGGAUGAGACUAAACAACGAUUUUGAUGAAGAGGAAGAUUCUGGUAUGGACGAUUUUAUCGAUGACAAUGAAGAGGGAGACGAGGUGAAUGUGUCCAAGGAGAUCAAGAGAAUGUUUGGCUAUGACAGAAGCAGAUUCAAGAACGAGAGAGACGAUUACCUGUCGUGUAUGGAGUCAGAUUUCCGCACUGUGAUGAAGGAGGAGACACGUAGCGCCAAGCUGGGACGUAUGGAAGACUUAGAGGACAUGAGGAUGGAGCAGGAGGAACUCCGACGGAAAGCUUUGGUGAAGAAACAGAUGAACAGAAAGAAAUGA